AUGCCACAGAAUAUCCAGGAUCUCAUCAAUGCUGUUGGUGUCAUGUUCGUCACCGGCCACCAAAUGGCUGUGGGGGCAAAUAUCCAUCAGUUUCUAAACACAAGCAUCUGGCAGAAACAUGUCUCUGCCUCGGACAUUAUUUAUGGCUUUGCUCAGGAAUUUAUUGACCAACGAUUAGAGGAAAUAUCUCAUGACAGAUCUGGAGUAUCCACAUCAAAAACAGGAGCUGACCUGCUUACUUACCUUCUGAGCAACCAAUCCUUCUCAAUUGCAGAAAUCUACUCCAACAUGGCCGAAUUGUUUUUAGCUGGUUUGGAUACUGCUUCAAAUUCUUUGGGAUUUGCAAUAUACCUCCUGGCCAAAUAUCCCAAAGUGCAAGAAAAGCUUCAGGAAGAGAUUUCUAGGACAUUACAAGGUGAAAUGUGUACGAGUUCACACCUAACAAAUAUGCCAUAUUUGAAAGCUGUUGUCAAAGAAUCCAUGCGACUUUAUCCUGUUAUUCCAAUGGGUGCAAGAAUCACCACAGAGGACAUUGUUUUAGACGGCUACCUCAUUCCCAAAGGGUCAUUAUCUAUCUAUCUAUCUAUCUAUCUAAGUUUCUCUAUAUUCAUCUAUCCCAGUUUCUCUGUAUCUAUCUCUCUAUCCUAUUCUAGUCAUAUCUAUCUAUCUAUCUAUCUAUCUACCUAUCGCAUUCUAUCAUUAUCUAUCUAUCUAUCUCAUUCUAAUCAUUAUCUGUCUAUCUAUCUAUAUAUCUAUCUAUCUAUAUAUCUAUCUAUCUAUCUAUCUACUUUGGUGACAUGUUUGAUGAUCAACAAUUAUGUGAUGUCACGAGACGAGAGAAACUUUCCACAAGCAAAUGAAUUCAUCCCGGAGAGGUGGUUCCGAAAUGACACGAGAAAAUUCCACCCAUUUGCUGUGAUUCCAUUUGGACAUGGCUCCAGAAGUUGCAUUGGGCGACGUGUUGCAGAAUUGGAACUUUAUCUUGCAAUUACAAAUAUUUGCCAAAAUUUCUGGCUGACCCUUAAAGAGGGAUUUGAAGUGCAACCUUUCCCAUGGACUGUUCUCACUGUUGGCUAA